AUGGACAGCAGCAGUGAGCAGCUGGCAGCGGCAGAGGACGAGGCGGCUGGAACAUCCGCCUCUGAGGGUCUGGAGGAGGGCGAGGUAGAGGGGGAGACUCUGCUGAUCGUAGAGUCUGAGGACCAGGGCUCCGUAGACCUGUCCCACGACCAGAGCGGGGACUCUCUGACCAGCGACGUGGGCGAGGAGACGGAUGGAGGCUGGGCCUGUGAGGACAUGUCCUUCUACUGCGAACGUUGCCACAAGUGGAUCCCUGCAGCUGAGCUCCACGGUGACCAGCCCAGUUACCUGAAAGGAGACAACUUCUUUAAGUUCUUCUGCUCCGAGUGCUCUGAGGACAGGAAGGAGAGCUUUGAGAGGAUGAGGCUCACCUGGCAGCAGGUGGUGAUGCUGGCCAUGUACAACCUGUCUCUGGAGGGGACAGGCCGGCAGGGUUACUUCAGGUGGAAGGAGGACAUCUGCGCUUUCAUUGGCCGCCACUGGAACUUCCUGCUGGGGAACAGGAAGAAGACGUCAACGUGGUGGAGCACAGUCGCUGGCUGCCUUUCUGUCGGAAGUCCCACCUUCUUCCGCUCUGGUGCGCAGGAGUUUGGAGAACCAGGCUGGUGGAAGCUGGUCCAGAACAGACCUCCCACCUUGAGACCGGAUGGGGACAAAUCCAUCGCUAAGGUCAAAGUCUCUAAACCGGUGAUGGACCCGAUUAUUACGGUGGAAGGUCUGAGGAAACGUGGAGCCAGGAACCCGGUGGAGAACGCCAUGCAGCUGAAGGAGAAGCGUUGCCGCACACAAGAGGCCAAAGACAUCCGCCGAGCCCAGAAGGAGGCAGUGGGAGGCUACGUUGACCGCAGCUCCUCCUCCACUCCCGUUAAGCUAAGCGGAGGCCGCGGUGGGGGUGCCAGUCGCCGGUCUGAGGUGGUCCUGGAAAAAGGCGAGGUCAUCGAGUUCUCAUCCCUCAGCUCCUCGGACCGAACACCGCUCACCAGCCCAUCUCUGUCUCCAUCGCCCGACUUCUCCGCUCCGGGAACGCCUGCCUCUCAUUCAGCCACACCCAGCCUUCUUUCGGAGGCGGACCUAAUUCCGGACGCCAUGCCGCCACAGGCAUUAUUCCACGAUGACGAUGAGAUUGAAGGGAUGAUUGACCCAGGGGUGGAGUACAUCCCUCCUGCUAGCACCAGCCAUGUUGGCCGUAAGAAGCUCCGCCCAGCGGCGCCAUCCCACAUCAAACGGGAAGCUGAGAGUGAAGACGAUGAUGGCCACCAGAACGAGGACUCUCUGGAAGAGCCGGCAGAGGCCCCGACUCUUUCCUGCCGGGGUCCGGUUGGCGUCAGAGCAGCCGAGCGGCGGAGGGCGACUCAUCCUGAGAAAUCUAACGAAGUGGCUGUCCUUCGGGAUCCGGGCCUGGUCCCGCUCAGCCUGUACGAGGAGCGGCUGCUGCUGCUGCGGCUGGACGCCUGCCCGCUGGCGCUGGCCGUCACUCCACAUGCCAAACGCCUCCACAGGAAGCUGCUGGUCCGCCAGACCAAACGCCAGAGAGGGCUCCCCCUGCUAGACGUUGACCGAGCAAUCAGCGCCACCCUCAGCCUGGUGGGAGGCAUCUAUGAUGCGCAGGAGGCGGGGGCACAUGUGGAAGGCGGGGCUAAGAAGAAAUACUGCAGCAGCCGCCAGGAGCAGCGGAUUCUGGAUCGUUUUCAGACCAGCGUCUCCAGCCGAAGGCGUGUCCAGCACAGCUCCGUGUCCUUUUGGCACCGUCUGAUGGGAGCUGAAGGCAGUUUGGACAAAAGCAUCAAGAGUCCGUACACGUCCCGCCUCCUGAAACCGUUCAUCAGGAGGGAUUACGAGAGUCGCCCGGUGAAGCUCAGGUUGCUGGAGGAGAUCAGAGCAUACCCCCACAGGAAGGAUCCAGACUGGGUCGCUGAACCGGACGCCCCCAUUGACUACUGCUACGUCAGUCCCUACCACAUCCCCUCCGUCAACGCCAUGUGCCAAGACACUUUCUGGCCAGGUGUGGACCUGUCUGAAUGCCUGCAGUACCCAGACUUUAGCGUGGUGGUUCUCUAUAAGAAGGUGGUGGUUGGCUUUGGUUUCAUGGUGCCAGACGUCAAGUACAACGAAGCCUACAUCUCCUUCCUGCUGGUCCAUCCGGAGUGGAGGCGGGCCGGCAUCGGGACUUUCAUGAUCUACCAUCUCAUCCAGACGUGCAUGGGGAAGGACGUGACGUUGCACGUGUCGGCCAGGAAUCCGGCCAUGCUACUCUACCAGAAGUUUGGCUUCAAGGCCGAGGAGUACAUCUUGGACUUCUAUGAUAAAUAUUACCCUGUGGACAGCACCGAGUGCCGCCACGCCUUCUUCCUGCGGCUGCGGCGCUGACGCCUCCACCCUGUUCACCAGGCUGCGUAGACCUAGAUCCAUACGAGUUGUUGUUGAUCAGCUGAUUAAACUUUUCUGUUGUUGGACUUUU